AUGGAAACGGAUAAACAGUCACAUUCCUUGAUCCAGAACUUUGGAGUUGGCAACCGAAAUCUGGAAGGCCCUGCCCAGUCGCAGUUUCAAUUUCAGUCCCAAUCACACUUACUGCCACAACCACCUUCAAGCUCACAAUCACUGCCCCAAAUACAAUCCCAGUUAGGCUCACUGACAUCAGGAUCACUGACCCAAUUACAGUCCCAACUAAACCAACUGCAGUCCAAAAUACAGUCCCAAGAAGACUCACAGCCAUCAUUGAACACGCAAUCUCAGUUGCAAUCGCAAAUACAGUAUGGAACUGGGCAAAACUUAGUACAGUCUCCAAAUGGGACUAUCACUUUUCCACGUGAACAGAAUUCUGGUCCUCUGGUUUUACAACCAAGACCCCAACUGGUUAAAAUCGAAAAACCACCAAAUAAUGGAAAUCCUAUCACUCCUCGACCCAAGCUUAUUCAAAAGGUAUCACUUCCUUACUUAUUGAUACAGAAUCAGGAAUCAAAUCCUGGGUUAUUGAUUAUUGAUACUCAAUCAAUACCAAAAUCCAAUUUCUACCUUUUAACUCCAAUCACAGAUAUGCAGGCGCAGUCAAUGUCGCGGUCGAAGUCACAAUUGUUGGUAUCUCAAUUAAACUCACAGUCGUCAGGAGCACAGUCUCAAUUACAGUCCAACUCACAAUCUUCAGGAUCGCAGUCCCAAUUUCAGUCCCAAUUUCAGUCCCAAUUUCAGUCCCAAUUGCAGUCACAGUUGCAGUCCAACUCACGAUCGUCAGAAUCACUGUCCCAGUCACAGUCACAGUCCCAAUCAAACAAAUUAUUGUCCAAUUCAAAGCCAGUCUCAAUCUUGCCAUCACCUGACUUACAGUCCCAAUUGCAGUCACAAACACAGUCAAACUUACACUCAUCCCACGCACUGUCCAAUUCCCAAUCACAGUCACAGUGGCAGUCACUUGUUGCAAGUGACCGCCUGGUUGGUUCACAAUAUCCCACGGUCGGCGCCAUAGGUUCUGAGUACAAUCCGUCCGAUCAACCAUUUUAUUUCUCUGAGGCGGAUAUCUUGGAUGACUCCAAGUUGACAACGGUACACUUGAUUGAAAAGUACGGCUACCCAUCGGAUACCCAUUUCGUCAACUCAGAAGAUGGCUACACGCUCUGCCUGCAUCGAAUUCCCCGUCCUGGAGCUCAAUCCGUCUUAUUGGUCCACGGCCUGAUGGGCAGUUCGGCUUCAUGGGUGGAAUUGGGACCGUCGAACGGCCUGGCAUACAUCCUUUACCGAAAGGGUUACGAUGUCUGGAUGCUGAACACUAGGGGCAACAAAUACUCCCGUGGCCACACUGGUCAUCGCCUGAAACCGCGCAAAUACUGGGACUUCUCGUUCCACGAGAUCGGAAAGUACGAUAUACCCGCUGCCAUCGACCUGAUCCUGAGUGUCACUAAGCAGCCGACGAUCCAGUACAUUGGCCAUUCGCAGGGCUCCACGGCGUUCUUCGUCAUGUGCAGCGAAUCACCCCACUACGCCCACAAGGUGCAGCUCAUGCAGGCCCUGUCCCCAACCGUUUAUCUGAAGGCGAACCGCAGUCCAGUGCUGCAGUUCCUCAGCAUGUUCAAGGGAAAGUAUUCGAUGUUGCUGAACCUACUGGGUGGUUACGAGAUCUCUUCUAAUACCAGGCUCAUAAAGCAGUUCCGUCAGCAUAUCUGCUCCGCUUCGGAGCUGGGCAAUCGCAUCUGCGCCAUCUUUGACUUUGUGCUUUGCGGCUUUGACUGGAAGAGCUUCAACAAGACGCUUACGCCCAUUGUGGCGGCCCACGCCUCCCAGGGCGCCUCUGCCAAGCAGAUCUACCACUACGCACAGAUGCAGGGCGACCUCGGCUUCCAGCGUUUCGACCACGGUCCAGUGCUGAACCUUGUGCGCUACAAGUCCAGCGAUCCGCCGGCCUACAACCUCUCGCAAACGACCAGCAAGGUGGUAAUCCACCACGGCGCCGGAGACUGGCUGGGAUCCGAUGCGGAUGUGGUCCGACUGGUGGAGCGUCUGCCCAAUCUCGUCGAGAGCCGCAGGGUAAACUACGAUGGCUUCUCCCACUUCGACUUCACGCUCUCGAAGGAUGUCCGACCUCUGGUCUACAAUCAAGUGAUUCACCACAUGACAAGUAAUCUUUAA